UGUAUCUCCUCCUGGUGGGCGGGCUACACCGGCAGAGGGAGGAUGGAGCGGUAGUGAAGAUGGAGCGGAGGGUGAUGGAGGGGGAGCGGGGUGCCCGCUGUGAGAUGGCCGCCCUCCUCCAGGCUCUGGCCGUGCUCUGUGCCAGCCUCGCCCUGUCAGACCCGGGCUGGCUGCUGCUGAGAGUGGACGGAGAGCAGCUGGUGUACGGGGCUUCCUACAUCCUCCACCAUGGCUUCAACUUCACCGAGACUGGUACACACCAGCUGCUCCAUAAAACCGGACUUUAUAUCCUGGCUCUGAUGGCACUAUGCUGCUACAUCAAUAUCCUCAUCGGAUCCUUCGCCUUCAUGCUGGACUUUGUCAGAGUCCGAAUUAAUAUAUCUACAAUCCUGCACUUUAUUACAGUUGUUUCAUCGGCAGCCGCUGUGACUCUCUGCUCCUAUCUUUAUGUUUUGCUCCGCGAUGAAGUCCACUUCCAGGUCAUGAAGCCCCCAGAAAACUACAUAAAGUUGGGAGAAAGUUACUAUUUUGCCAUCUCUACCUUCCUGGCUGCUGUUUGCGCAGCUCUUCUUAGUUGUUGUGCAAGGAAGUACAGAAGAGGCUAUGACACGGAAAACCCUGUCUCAGGCACUGAAGUUACCACUCCUCUACUGCAGGACUGUGAGAGCCCGGAUACCCCAGGGGAGUAUGGGUAA